CCUAGCUAACAUUUCUCAUACAAUUCCCCAUCAUCAUCUCACAAUAAUUUCUAUUCAUUUAUCCACCAGAGAGGGAAAAAAAGGUAGACAUGGGUGUCAUUGGAGCAAUUGCAAGGCAUUUGGAUGCAAUCAUCGGGCCAGGAGUGAUGCUUCUUUUUCCCUUAUAUGCAUCAAUGCGAGCCAUAGAGAGCCCAUCAACCCUAGAUGAUCAACAAUGGCUGACCUAUUGGGUCUUGUAUUCCCUCAUCACUCUCUUCGAGCUCUCUUUUGGGAAAGUCCUCCAAUGGUUUCCAUUUUGGCCAUACAUGAAGCUGGUGUUCUGCAUGUGGUUGGUACUUCCAAUCUUCAAUGGGGCAGCUUACAUCUAUGCCAACUUUGUGAGAAAGUACAUAAAAGUUGGAGACCAUGUGAGCUCUUCUAUUCCAGAAGGUCAAAGGAAGGCUCUUCAGAUGCUCAGCCUUGAUGCUAGGAAACCUGUUGAGAGAUUCAUUGAAAAUUAUGGACCUGAUGCUUUUGAUCGAGUCAUCAAAGCUGCAGAAAAGGAAGCAAAGAAAAGUAAGGAGAUUAAGUAAUAUGUCCUCUAGACUACUUCAUGUUUUUUCACUUUAACUAAUUUGUAUGGGCUUAUAUUUAUACCCAAAUUUAAAAAUGAUGUGGAGGGAUUUGACACCAAAUGUGUUUUCAUUGUGCAUAGUUUGUGCUAUUGUGAUGAUGUAAAUAAAAUUAACUUUGAUUUGUGAAACUGAUUUAUGUAAACAUUUGGGACACAAGACAUUUUAUUUUAUCUUUAUUUUUUAAAAUUUUCUUUUGA